AUGCUGUCGAAACUGCAGUCGCUCACCGUGUCCGGGCUGGACGCCAACAACAUGGAGGCAUUGAUCGCGGGCUUGUCGUCGGUCCCAGCGCUGACGUCUCUUGAUCUUUCCCAUUGCAACCUCUUGUUGUCGACGGAGCUGCUCAUGAAGACGCUUGCGACGACGUGCGUGCAUCUCGAGACGCUCCGUGUCUUGGAUCGUAAUUUUACGCACGAUGGGUCUGCGGCCGUGCUGUCGGGCGUGCUGCGAUUGCCUCACUUGACGACGCUUACCCUGAAGAUGCGUCAGCUGGAUGAGUCGCACGUGCUUCCAGAGCUCGUUGCUGCGGGCCGCCACCUUCGGUACCUCACUUCGAUGGACAUCGAGCGCGACAACAUGGAUGAGAAGAAGCGCGCGAUUUACCAAGCGCUGGCACUGACCCGCGACGUCCCAUUUGUGCUCCAGACGUUGCCAGAAGACAUGGACAAGUUCGUGGUCGACGCGCUCAGCCCACGCGCCGAUCGUCGCCACCAGUGCGACUAG